AUUUUAGACGGCAACAAUGCAUGGGGACCGUAACAAACCGUACUAAACUGACUGCUAACUUUUGUGAAAAUCUGCGCAUCAGAACUUGAAAUAAUCCUAGUUACGAUUUCUGUCUGACACAAAUCGAAGCUUUAUAAACAGAGUGACUAGCCUUUGAUCAUAGGCGAGGGAAGUGCGGGACCGAAGAAAUAAAAGUUCAUUUUACAGCAUAGGCAAUCUUAUGAGUGAAAUUACAUUUUAUUACCGUUAAACACAAAUGCAUUUAUUAGAUAUUCUACAUUUCAUUUUCAAUGCAUGACUAAUGGGAUCUUUUCAAAGGCAUUCCACCCACUGAAGACGCGCAAGUGUCAGCUUAGUAACGACUAAUGUUACUAAUAAUAUCGGUAGAUUGCAAAAACAAAAAAAACCCACAAAAGAGCGAAAACAAACACGUCAGCAGAAACCAGCACAGCGGUCAAGAAUUAUGUAUAUAUAAACGCCCCUCUGCCAUGAUUGUGGGAUGAUUUAACAACGGAAGGGAUUUGGUUCGACUUCAUAAGGACAAAAUGUUUACUUACAAGUGGAAUACUCACACACGAACGUACCUUCGCUUGGUAGCUUUAUGCUUGUUCAUAUACAGUACAGUUAGCAUAUCCGCCUCCUGGUGGUCUCUUAUUACGUUUGUGAUAUUGCUUGCUUCAGUAUAUUUGCUGGACACCUCAGAUAUUUCACAAGGAAAGCUUUGCCUUUUGGUUCUUAGCAACAAAAGGCAAGUGGAAGUGGCACUGGCCAUCAGUGCAUUUGUCACUUAUGACAGUCCAGAGAAUUGUGAGGCAACAGAAAAAUUUCUCCCAAUCAAAGAAAGAACAGAAUGCAUUUUUGCUAAGAAAGCAAACAUCUGGGGGUGCAGGGAUUUUGAUUUACGCUUAACUCUUGAAGAAAAUGUUUACAGAAGUGGACCCAUGUUUCUGAAGUUUACACUUGUAUGUGAAGAACUGGGCUUGGAUGGUUUUGUCUUCAUAUUACCUGGAGACCAGUUUGGUGCCAAUCCAUCUGUGUUUGGAACGGGUGUAAGGCGUGUCCUGAAAGUGCUUUCUGACCUUGACCCGGCAGGCGUGAAGUGCAUGGACAAACCGUACGUGGACAAAGCAGGCUGGGUCUUUGAAUUCAAACGCAUCACCAUGUUCAUCACGACCUUUGCACCUUGCUACCCGGAGCACCACUCACGCUACAGCUUCGGAUCGCAGGACUGCUUCAUCCUGUUUCAGCCGGAGCUCUCCUUCGCGCAACAUAACCUGCCUGACGAUACGGCGCACACCAACUGGGAGAGGCCCCAGACUGUGCGGGAUCGAAUCCGCCUGGCGUUUCGUGAAGCGGGUAGAGGGUACCAAAUCCGGGAAACGGUGACCUACCCGAUGGCCCACGACAUCGUGAAGCCUGCGACGAUGGGGGACCCGGUCGUGGAGUGGUGGAAAGAUUAGGAUGAUGACGUUUGGCUUAAACGUGUUCAUUCAUCAGCAGCAGAGUGGGUUCCUGCCAACUUCCAUUGUAUGGAUGCACUGAAAGUAUGCCACAGCAGCCAUAGUCUUCUGCUUUGUAUCUGGCUGCUGUUGUUGAAUUAUCUUUUAUACGAUUUAUUACCCACGUAUAAAAGAUAAUUAUAAACGUGUCCGGUUUCCUUGUGACAUGACAUUUAUGGAUAGUUUAUAACUUUAUGAGUUGCUCCUUAAUUACUGGACACUUUACUGCAUCCUGACAUUUUUUUUUCUUCCAUGUGUAUUGUCUCUACUCCAUAAUUGAAGGUUUCCUGGGAAGCUUUUCGAAAGUCCAGGAGUCUGAGCGCUCCAUAUUCAUACAUCAUUGGUCAUGUGCUUCAACUUUGACACGGGAAGUAAAAGUGUAGCUUAUUGGUUUCUUCAGAACUAUUGAUUCAGUGCAUGACAUAUCACAUUGAGAAAAAUAUACCGGUGUGUUGUUCGGCAUGAGCAAUCUCAGACACCUCUGAACGUCUGCGUCAGUGUUAACAGCAUUCCAGUGAUGCAACGAAUUAAAAGGGAUGUCACCUUUGAAACGUAUUAGAUCAUGUCAUAUGAAGUGUGUACAAGAAUACUUCAUUUGUGCAGUGUACAGUGUGCGGCAAAUGUACAGUGUCAUGUUAUUUAUGAAAUGAAUACAAGCCAGUCAUGAAGGUACAACGUUAAAGAAAGACCACAGAGGAACCUCACUGGCCCUAGCGUGGUGCCACGAAUGUCAUGGUAGGCUUCUAAUCCUUGAGUUGGUCUACCCAUGCACAGUUUGUUGUGUGUGUGUGAUGAUUAGGUUGUCCUCAGCAUAUACUAAUUUCCAAGAUCUGAAUGAUAGUCUCCAUCACAUGGUCAAUACCAACACACCAACUAAAUCGGAAACGUGAGUUAUGAACGCCCAAUUAUGUUAGUAAAAUACAGUUACCUAAUUCACAAGUCAUGGCAAGUUCCGGAACUAGACAAAGAAAUUCUAUGUCGCUUGAAGAAAAUGAGUAAGCAGUGUAGAAUUUUGGCUGUUGAAGAAGUGCAAGCGUAGAGAACCUAUAUGGCGCCCACUUUAUUCCGGACGGUUUUAAGGAAUCGAUACGACACGAUUUUCUGACUACUGGACAUCGUCCGUUGGCCAGCUUUGUUCAGUCCUUGCUGUAGCUGUGAUAAUUCUAACGUAUCUGGGUGCGUUAAGAAUGUCAGCACAUAUCACAUGGUGUCAGGUAUUGAUGUAUUUCUGUGUCUGAACCUGUUUGUAAGCUUCUUUGUCGAGAAUGGAAGAUAUUUUCAAGUUUAGGAAAGAGGUUUUUUUAAAACUCAUUAGAAGAAGAACUGUGCUAUGGUGGGCUUAGAACUAUGUUUCAAAAUCCAACAACUCCAACGUAAAUGAAAACCAUUGUAACAGAGUGUAACGUUUUUAUUAAUAGAAAACUAUUUACAAGUGAUUAAAUGAUAAAAUAACAUUAUUUCGGAACAUCAA